AUGACAACAAGAGGUAAUAACUCACAUUCAGUUUUAGAACAGCCUCAACCAACAACAACAGGGCUCUACCAUGCAACGCCUCGUUCCUCUUCCACCUGCAAAGCAUGCUGUUGCUGCAUCUUCCUCUUCUUCUCCUUCAUCGCUCUGUUAGCCCUAGCAGCACUGUUGGUUAUUGUAUUGGCCGUCAAGCCCAAGAAGCCAUACUUGGACCUUCACCAAGUGGGCCUCCAAUACAUCGCCAUGAGGCCCAACCCAAACGACCCAGCAAGCGCCAACCUGUACCUCAUCAUCCGCUUGGCGUUGGCUGUGGUGAACCCCAACAGGGUGAGGAUCAGUUACGGGGACUGCAGGUUCAGGCUCAUGUUCCGGGGAGUGCCGUUGGGGAGAGCCUCGCUGGCGGCGUUCUGGCAGCAUGCUCACAGCGUCAGGGAAGUGGUGGCAACGGUCGCCGUCGAUGGGGUCAACCUCUCUCAGCCUGAUUCCGGUGACUUCACCAGAGACGCUUUGCUUAAUGACAGGGUGGAGCUCAGGGUUUUCGCACAUGUUCCCGCCAAAAUUCGCCUCUUCAACCUCGAUUCUCCUCCUCUUCACGUAUCAGUAAAUUGUGUUAUAGUGGUAAGUCCAAGAAAGCAAUCUCUAACUUACAAGCAGUGUGGAUUCGAGGGAUUGAAUGUUUAACGAGGGGAAGUCAUCGCAUCCCUUUAGACUUUGACAUCAUCGAUUUAAAUUCCUUAUUUAUUUUUUUUACUCAUUUUCUCAAUUGUCUCUCAUUUCUUCGAGCAACUUUGAGGAAGAAAUUUGAAGGGCAAAGGAGAAAUUCAAAAAUUGGAUGGGGGUAUUAGAAGUGAGUCACAAAAUUGAUUAAUUGGAAAGCUGAGGAGGCAGAUUUCAGAAGGGAUAUCAAAGUAACAUGUUCAACAGUUUGCCAAAGAAUUUUGCAGAUUUUUUUCAGUUUGUUGCUUCACUUUGAAGAAAGACAAAAAGGCAGCUAUAAUAUAUGGUAAAAUCCAACAAGUAGCUGAGGUAUUGUGAACUCGAAUCUUAUUCUCUGUCGCCUUUCAACUUAUUGUGAUAAGGGAAGUUUAGGACUUUUGUCCGAGGCAUUCUUGGAAGUGUAAAUGUAGGCCAAAAAAAUGAGAUUAUAUGAAAUAAGAACAUAGGUGUUAGGCUUAUUUGUUGAAGAUGUGGUUCCAGAUGUUAAAAUAAUUACUGUUCUUCAUUCUGUAAUGCUUGAAAUAUUAGGAUUGCUGCUAUC